GGGCCUGUGUCCACCGAACCGGCGCCGCCCCCCUCGCUACUCCGCACCGACGCGCCGUACUCCCACAGCGGUCAUACUCAUACACCGCCGCGUUUCACCAAGCUCGACUUCGCCACUUACGACGGCACCGAGGAUCCCCUCAACUGGCUGAAUCAAUGUGAGCAGUUUUUCUGGGGGCAACGUACACUCGCGUUGCACCGCACCUGGCUCGCCUCAUAUCACCUUCGGGGCGCCGCACAGACAUGGUAUUACGCCCUCGAGCAGGACGAGGGCGGCAUGCCCCCAUGGGAGCGAUUUCGCGAGCUCUGCCUCCUUCGCUUCGGGCCGCCAAUGCGCGGGAGCCGGCUGGCGGAGCUAUGCCGCCUCCCCUUCACCUUCACGAUGCAGGACUUCGCCGACCGUUUCCAGGCCCUGGCGUGCCACGCGCCCGGCGUGACGGCUCGUCAGCGGGCCGUCCUCUUCGUCGGCGGUCUACCGGAUCAUAUCCAUGUGGACGUGGAGCUUCGGGGACCCCAGGACCUCCAGACGGCGAUGUACUACGCCCGCGCCUUCGAGCGUCGCACGCAGGCCUUGCAGCAGGCGGCACCGUCUCGGUGGGGGCCGCCAGCCAGCUAGGCCGCCCCCGACACCACCUGUGUCGGGCCGCCCACCUCCGGCCGCUCCAACGACUACCAUUCCGGUCGCGACGCGGCCCUUCC